AAUCUUCCUUUGAACAGAACAUUGCUGUUGAUGACGGGAACAAAAACGUCACUCUUUCUUCGCAAUCUGGAAGCCUUAGUCCACGUUCCCGAGAACGUUUCUUCGGAAGAGCCCAACAUGGAGGAAAUUCUUGUCGUUCCUCCGACUCUGUCUCCCGAGGAAAAGAUCAGGAGAGUCGAGAAGGCGAGUAGGAAUCUCCCGAUGGGGUUUGCGGUGCGUAGCCACAUGAAGAAGAAGAUGAACAACUCCUGUGCUCACUUCCCAUCGAUGUACGACCUUCAUUACAACAACAUGUACUGGCAGACCGUGGAGACGUCGAACGGGAAAUUCCACCUGUACGGCGCCUACUAUGACAACCGCACUUUGGAGCCUGACAGACCGGUUGUGCGCAUGACAGCCAUCAUCAACCGCGUCGGAGAGUUUGCCCAGACCAACUGCCAGAUAUGGUUCGAGGACCUGGAAAAACCUGUCUUUAGCGAGGCCUCACGGGUUCUCGUUUGGUACAAGGAAUGGGGACAUUAUAACAACCACGAUCUAAAUCCGUAUAUUAUUACGUGUAAGAUCCCGGCCUCUCACCGAGGUCUGGUUCCUCAGGCCGUGUCCCUGGUAGAGAGGCCUUGUGACUACGCGACCAAUCUCUUGAAAGUCAUCUACAACCUGCCAGAGAACGGCCAGAAGGAAGGCUUUGCCGUGUGUGUCAAAGGGUCAGAAUUUUACACCGGAGACGCGACGGUGCGCAUAAUAGAGUGGCUCGAGCUGCACUUCGCCAUGGGAGCCAACAAGGUCUUCUACUACGACUUCGGCAUGAACCGCAGGCUGGCCAAAACGAUGGAAUAUUACACCAAGAAAGGUUUGGUUGAGGUUAUCCCAUUAACUCUCCCUGACGAACAGCCCAAUAUACCUGGCCUUGUUUACAAAUACCUGGACGCAAAGUUCAAAUACCAACACGAAGUUAUUCCCUACAACGACUGCUACUACAGAAACAUCUACCGGUACAGAUACACAGUGCACGCGGACCCUGACGAAAUCAUCAUACCUCGCAACGCCAACUCGUGGCACGAACUCAUGGACAUUAUCGUAAAAAAAUCCAAAAAGGAUAAAGUACUUUACACCUCCUACUCCGCCCCUCACACCUUUUACAUGGACGAAAUGCUCCCUCCCGAAGGCCAUUUCAAAGACAUACCCAAGUACCUGCACAUUAUGCAACACGCUUACCGUUCCGCCAACUACACGCCCCCGGGAGCGAGCAUCAAGUGCUUCCACGACACCGAAAGAGCACUGGGACUCCACAACCACUUUCCAAUCCACUGUCUCGGCGGAAAGUACAACUGUCGCUCUUACUUCAUCAGUACCGAAGACGCCCAGAUGCAGCACUACCGAAGGACGUGCCAAGGUUUCGUCCAGAACUGCUACGAAACGUACAAGAAGAACACGGUCCUUGAUCCUACAGCAUGGAAAUUCAAAGAUCAGGUUAUAGCAGGAGUGAACCGAACCUUAGCAGCCUUGAAUUACUUCAGAAAUUAUCCCUUAUAAUGUGCCUGGUGAAUUUUAUAUACAUUCUUACCUUAUCUGUACAGUUUAACUAGGUAUUGUGUGAAUACAUGUCUGUGUGUGCAUAUGAAUUGCGUGUCUCUGCUACAUGGUGUAUGCUCGCUUAGAUAUAGGUGUAUAUGAGAAUUUAUGUACAUGUAUCUCACCCGAUAAAUAUAUGUACUUGUAUGUUUACAUUCUUCUUCCAAUUGUUGUUAUAAACAAAUAUAUAUGUGUAUAUAUAAUAAAACACGGUUGUUUCUCUUAGGAAUAACAACAUUAGGACUAAAAAUUAUUGCUAUAAUGAUCAUAUUGCUAUGUAAUACAAACAAAUAACUACAACUAAUAUACUGUAUACGAUUUUUUUUAAUACGAACAAGAACAAUAGUGAAGAGAAUGAACAUAGUGAUAUCUCUCUUAAUAAAAUAAUACAUAUGAUAAACGUUUGUAAGAUAUUGGAUAGAUGAUUAAAAGUGACAGAGAAACCAUUUCACCCAAUAUUACCAGUUCAUAAUUACAUCACACAGCACCGCGUCUGGAGAUUAAAUCUUUAAAGGAAAUGCUAAAAGAUAAGACUGUUUCCUGUUGAUACCUGAAGAUAAAGAGAACAAUACAGAACACACCUAAAUACAAAGUUCAAAGCCAUGUUUCUCUAAGGUUUAUGCAGCUGUUAAAUGUAUUUGUGAUGAUUCUCACAUCCAGCAAAGCAACAUGGAAAUUCUUCAGUACCAUAUAGACGCCCCGAGCAAGUGAUUUUAGUAAUGAAUGUAAUGUUAAUGAAGAAUGGAAUGGCCGAUGUACAUUUCCUAUUUUUUAAGGGACAGGUGUUACUUUCCUGGCAUUUACAGUGUUAUCAGGUGUUAUCACCAUAUUCUUUAACAUAAAAAACAACAUUGUGAUUAUGUUCAUGUUGCUGUGUGGAUUAUGCUGCUCUACUCAAUUUAGCGAACAAUUCUUUUAACACUGACAUAACGCCAAUUAA